UAGGUACGCGAGUGCAAGGCGUGGAGGAAACCGUGUUGCAUUAUUAUCACGAAAUGAUCGAGCUAUGUGAUAUGAUUGACAACGACAUGAACGAUGAAUUGAAAGUCGGAUAUUUAUUAGCCGGAGUUAAGGUAUCAUUACGGAAAGAAGUCAUGCGGAAAGAUCCAAAAAACCCCACGGAGUUUUUACAUGCUGCGCAGGAAGAAGAAAAACUUGAUUUCUCGAUCAACGUACAGAUGGAUCCAGAUUCAGUAUGUACAUUGGAUUCAUGCUCAGCUUUUAAACAAAAGUCGAAACCAACAUUACCGUAUAAAUCAGGCAAUAUACAAAAGACCAUCCGAUGUUUCAAUUGCCAUAAGGUUGGUCACAUUGCACGUCAUUGUUUCUCAAAAAACUACUAG